AUCAUCAUCUUCUCCAUUAUGGAAGGGUAAUUGAGCAGAUUGGUCCUCUAAAACAAUUUUGGAGUAUGACAUUCGAGUCAAAACAUAAAUUUUUCAAAACCACAGCGCAUGCAAUAGGCAAUUUUAAAAAUGUCCCGAAAUCUCUCUCUUACCGACAUCAAUUAUCAAGGGCCUUCAAUUUGCUAUCUGUUAGAGAAUUUGAACAGCACUCGUUUGAAGUUAUUAACUACGAUUUUGUCCCACUUUCCUCUAAUAGUCAUUAUUCGUUACUUUGUGAGCGUUUUCAUAAAACAAUUGAGCAAGAAAUAAAAAUAUCAAACUUAGUUGCUCAUAAUGGUUGCGAGUUUAGGAUUGGUAGCGUUGUACUUUUAAAGUAUUGUGAUCUUAGCCCUGUCUUUGGGGAAAUUCAACUAAUUAUUUUAGAAGAUGACGAUUGUAAUUUUUUAGUUAAGAUUAUAAAUAGUAGCAUUGACUGUGCCAAAUGCUGUUAUAAGGUAGAGAUUUCGGAUUGCUUUCAAAUUAUUGAUAUUAAUGAUAUAGAAUAUUAUCAGCCGCUGUAUUAUAUGUCGUCUUUUAUUUUUAAUGACAUUAGUAAAUAUCUUGUUCUACCUAUAAAAUAUCUUUAAAAUGAGGCUACUUCUAAUUACGUAGCAACAUUCCAUAUCCCAAGCCGUGGACGACGAGAAAUCAAAUUUUAGUGCAUCGUUAUUGGACGAAAAGGAAAUGGAAGAUCGUGGAUUACGUUGUGUCGAAUUGUUUAGAAAUUCUUCAUUGCAGCUAACACCAAAACGAAAAGGAGUGCGUAAAAACCCGAGAAUCUUGCAAUUUACUCCAACUAAGACGGAUUUGACGAGUACACAAACUCCACCAGAAUUUCAAGAUGGUCCCACCAUUAAUGAACAGAAUUCACACGUUAAUAUUUCUGACGUAAUUUCUCAACCAAGUUUUGUUUUUGAAACUCCACCAUUUGCGCGUAUUCCUGAUAACGUUCAAUAUAUACAGGUAAACAACCAAAAUUCGGACACGGGCAGAAACAACAUCUAUGGAUUUAAUAUCGAGGAGAUUCUUCUUACGGAUGAGAAUGCUCGUCGUAUCAUCAACUCCAAAAUUCCGGCGAAUGACUUCAUUCUCCGAUCAGAUCGGCAAGCUGUAGCGGGGGUUUUGAUCAAAGAAAUCAUGCGAUGUCUUGGCACAUGUCCUAGCAAAAAGGCGAUGGAACAGUUGGCCCGGCAUUUGGUACAGCGAUAUCCGUGUUUUGGUGAUCCACGACGCCCUGAAAACGGAUGGGAAAUGUGGUUUUUCCACACACAUAUGGCUCCUUCGGCCACUGGAUUUCUCGAGGAAAGGCUCAAAAGUCAAAGGAAAAAAAUGAACGCUAAAACGGCUCCAAAUAUAGAUAUCGAUAUUAUAUUUAUGGAGCCAUCUUUGUGUUGGGAUUCUGAUAAUGAAGACGAUAAUCCGGAGCCAGAUGAGGCUAAACUGGAAUUUAUGAAACAAAAUGUUGGAUCUGAAGUUAUUAAAAUGAUGAAGGAAACUGCAUUUCAAAGAAGAACCAUAAUCCGAAGACAUUUUGAUGCGUACCACAAACAGUUGGAUAUUUCAGCAUUGGCGAAAUUGGCUGAAAUGAUGAGACCAUUGUUUGAUACGGAAGGCAUGAAAUCAACAAAUGUAGCGGAGGUCAUCAAUUUGAAUAAGAAAAUGUCGCCGUUUAUCUUAGCUCUGGGGUCUACGAUUAACUUAGAAUUUGAAGCGUUUUUUGUAAUUUUACAGAAAAUCGCCAUUCCGUGUGGUGAAAAAUUUAUAAAGGCCUUAGAUACAUGUUUCAAACUUUUUACUGUUCUCUAUAUACCACUACCUUUGGAAUCGUUAGAUUUGUGGAUGUUUAUUGUUUAUGGUGUGGGAGGUAAACCAUUUUCCCGAGGUCAGAUUCCGCCAGUUGUGCCGUCUUUAAUUGGACAGAUUCUUCCAAAAAUUUAGACUUUAUAUUUCCAUUUUUUUUAAAUUUAACGUUAUUAGUAAUGUCAACAGUCCGAAUUUAAAUGAGUUUAGUA